AGCUCAUUUAGAAAAGGAUGAAGACCAUUUUGGAAGAAGGAAAACACCCUUACUGAGAAUUGCAGCAAAUAAGCAAACGAGGUGUCUUCAGGAUGAUCUUAUUACAUCAAAUGCUACAUUUCAUUUUCUUUGUCUCAGUUUCUGGUGAAUGUAUGACUGAGCUGUUCAAAGACACCUCCUUUCAAGGAGGAGACAUUCAUACUGUUUUUACACCAAGUGCCGAGUACUGCCAAAUGGUCUGUACCCACCAUCCAAGAUGCUUGAUCUUCACUUUUAUGGCUGAAUCAUCAUCUGAAGAUUCUUCCAAAUGGUUUGUUUGCAUUCUGAAAGACAGUGUCACAGAAACACUGCCAAGGGUGAAUAUGACAGGAGCAAUUUCUGGGUAUUCUUUCAAGAAAUGUUCACACCAACUAAGUGCUUGCAGCAAAGAUAUUUAUGUGGAUCUAGACAUGAAGGGCAUGAACUACAAUAGUUCUCUUGCCAAGAAUGCUCAGGAAUGCCAAGAGAGGUGCACGGAUGACAUCCAUUGUCACUUUUUCACAUAUGCAACAAAGCAUUUUCCCAGCAUAGAGCAUCGUAACAUUUGUCUAUUGAAGUACACCCAAACAGGGACACCAACCGGAAUAAUGAAACUCAAUAAUGUGGUUUCUGGAUUUUCAUUAAAAUACUGUGCUCUUUCUAACCUAGCCUGUAUUAGGGACAUUUUCCCUAGUACAGUGUUUGCAGACAGUAACAUUGACAGUGUUUUGGCUCCGGAUGCUUUUGUCUGUCGCCGCAUUUGUACUCAUCACCCCAAUUGCUUAUUUUUUACCUUCUUUUCCAAAGAAUGGCAAAAAGAAUCUCAAAGAAAUCUCUGUCUUCUUAAAACAUCUGAAAGUGGAUUACCAAGUAUACGCAUUAAAAAGAACAAUGCCCUUUCUGGUUUCAGUCUACAGAACUGCAGGCACAGCAUCCCAGUAUUCUGUCAUUCUUCAUUUUACCAUGACACUGAUUUCUUGGGAGAAGAACUGGACAUCGUUGAUGUGAAAGGUCAUGAGGUCUGCCAGAAACUGUGCACCAGCUCCAUCCGCUGCCAGUUUUUUACCUAUUCCCAAUCUCAAGAAUCUUACAAGGAAAGGAAGGGUAAAUGUUACUUGAAACUUUCCUCAAAUGGAUCUCCAACAAAAAUACUUCAUGGAAGAGGAGGCAUCUCUGGAUAUACAUUAAGGUUAUGUAAAAUGGAUAAUGUGUGCACAACCAAAAUCAAGCCUAGAAUUAUUGGAGGAAGUCCAUCUGUUCAUGGUGAGUGGCCGUGGCAGGUAACUCUGCACAUCACCUCCCCCAUGCAGAGACACCUGUGUGGAGGCUCCAUCAUUGGAAACCAGUGGAUAUUAACAGCUGCUCAUUGUUUCUCUGAGGUGGAAUCACCUAAAAUAUUGCGUGUCUAUGGUGGCAUUGUAAAUCAAUCUGAAAUAAAUGAAGAUACAUUUUUCUUUGGGGUUCAAGAAAUAAUAAUUCAUGAUAAAUAUAAAAUGGCAGAAAGUGGGUAUGACAUUGCCUUAUUGAAACUGGAAACAAUCAUGAAUUAUACAGAUUCUCAACGACCCAUAUGCUUACCAUCCAAAGGAGAUAGAAAUAUAAUAUAUACUGACUGCUGGGUGACUGGAUGGGGAUACAGAAAGUUAAGAGGUAAAACCCAAAACACUCUCCAGAAAGCCGAGAUACCCUUGGUAUCAAAUGAAGAAUGCCAGACACGAUACCAAGGGCAUAAAAUCACCAAUAGGAUGAUCUGUGCAGGUCACAAGGAAGGAUGGAAGGAUGCCUGUAAGGGAGAUUCAGGGGGACCCCUGUCUUGUAAACACAACGAAGUCUGGCAUUUGGUGGGCAUCACGAGUUGGGGUGAAGGUUGUGGUCAAAAGGAACGGCCAGGCAUUUACACCAACGUCGUCAAGUAUGUGGACUGGAUUUUGGAGAAAACCCAAUCCGGAUGA